ACAGCGUUUGAAUUAAUGUUUAUGUAUCACGGCGUAGAUGUACAAGAUUAUUCAUUUGCAACAGAAUGCUUCAUUUAUUUUGUUAUUGUAACCGUGGUUCCUAUUGUAUAUACAAGCGUGAUUUUAAAUAAAGAAAGGCUUGUGGAUCUCCUUUACAAAAUGAACAAUGACUUUAUUUAUAUUUGCAGCUUGGGGCCAAGGUAUAGGAACACUUUUCUGAAGGGGCAAUUACUUAUAUGGCAGCUAUGCGUAUCGUGGUUUUCAUUGGUCACAGUUGUCUCAUUCAGCUACUUCGCCGCAACAAUAGGUAUACUAAUGUAUCAAUGUUUGUUUGCAACUCGAACUGAAAACACAAUAAGACCUCUGAUCUUUCCAUUCUGGCUGCCCGAAGAUGAUCCAUACCGCACUCCAAAUUACGAAAUAUUCAUGUUCUGGGAGAUAAUGAUAAUUAUUAUCGUCUUACAAACAUUCUGCGUAUUUGUUUACAUUUUAUUUCAUGUUCUGCUACAUAACUUUUAUUUGAUGAACAUGAUAAUCUUUGACUGCGAAGUCCUAUUCGUUGGUCUAGACGAGAGUGUGGCAAAAUUAUCCAAAUACUCUCCUCGUCGAAUUGAAGUAUAUUCAAUUCUAAACAGUAGGAUGAGACGAAUUGUCAAGUGGCAUAAUAUAGUGUUUCAGUCAGUGCAGGCAGUUUCAACUAUCUAUGGUCUACCGCUAGUCUACCAAGUAAUGUUCAGCUCGAUUCCCAUUUCCUUAACGGCCUACCAAAUAGCUGAAUCGUUAGACCAUGGUAAGUUCGACAUUCUGUUCGCGAUGUUGGGUAUUGUGGUGUGCGUGCAGCUUUGGAUACCAUGUUACCUUGGAACAAUUAUAAGAAACAAAGCAUAUUCCGUUGGCGAUGCGAUUUGGAACAGCGGUUGGCAUUUGACGCCUCUGGGUCGGAUGGUGCGUCAAGACAUCAUCAUGAUCAUCAUGCGCUCGCAGCGCCCCCUCAGUAUCAAGUUUAGGGGACUAGCUAACUUAGAUCUUGAAACUUUCUCCUCGAUAAUGAGUUCGUCCUACACAUAUUUCAACGUGUUGCGGCAGUAUACUUCUAAAGGAUAA